UUGACAUUGAACAUACAAAUCGUAAUUAUUUAUUUAUCUAUUCACAGGAUUUACUCGGAUUAGUCGCAUCACCAAAAAUGAUAAGCGUGUUUAGGCUGUUAUAAAUAUCUAUGUAUUUCUGACCCACAUGUUGAAAAACACUCUUCAGUUGUAUAAUUCAGUCGCAAUUAAAGAUUCCAAUCAUCUUCGAAAGCCGUGCUAUUUCAGUUUUAAGUUUAGUCAAGGAAACACAUAUUCUCGUACAUACUUGUCGAAUAUUUUAACGUUUCAUCAUUCUUUUACGUAUUUUAUUAUUAAGAAUGAUCUGUAAAUUUUUUAUUUUGCAAUUGUUAAUGCUAAAAUUGCAGUGUAGAAUAAGCGCACUAGACAAGUUUGCUUAUCUAAUUACAUAUGUGUGGCGACUUUUUGUUAAGACUUGUGCUCAUUUACAUAUUUCCAGUUGCAAGAAAACGGAAGAAAAAUUUGAUACGAUCGAAACUCAGAUGCAGGAUGGGGCCCUGUAUAUUUUGAAUGGAACAAACCCUACGAGUGGGUGUGGUGCUGGUGUUUUUUUCCGUCAGAAUGCCUCAGAAUGGGAGCGAGAAGCCGUAAUUCGUAGUAAUGCUGGUCAAAAGGGUGGUUUAAACGUCACACAGACAAUGAGGAUGAAGCAUUUACUUGACAACAUGGUCAAAGAUUUUAGCGAUACAAAUCAGCACAGCGUGAAGUUCACGUCAACUCCAUCACGGAUCUUAGCAAACUGUUGUAAACGCCGCAACCUAUAUAAACUCAGAAAAAGCUUUUGCCGACGUUGACAACGCCACAUCAAAAGUUUUGAGGAAUCCGUUGAUCCUCGACCUCAUCUUGGCCAAACUCGACCUUCUCGAUUUGAAGAAUUUUCGGCUAGUUUGCCAGGAGUGGGCCGACUUUGGCGCUACUUUCUUAGGAAAACGGAGUUAUAUCCAUGUCAACAUGUUUUAUCGCUAUUAUUACUUCAACUUAGGAAUAGAUGCCUCUAUCAACAAUAAACUGCUCCAGUGCAUCAUCAUCUCGGACCACAGAUUCCACCCGUCCAUUCCGUCUGAAAAGAAGGCUGACGUUGUUGCAAAAGCGUUCACCCAUGUGGGUCCAUUAACUCGUGAAAUUAAACUUUUCGUUAGCCGGAAGGAAUUCGUUCCAGUCUUCUUGAAAGGAAUGAGUCUGUUGGGCUCCACAAAAAUCCAACGCUUUCAAAUCGUUAACACGUGUGAACACAAUAGUUUCGACAAAAACCCUUUCCCGGCGGUUCAAAAACUUCCCCCUCAACCUGACUUGACCUGGAUGAGAUUGUUUAUUAGGCAACCCUUUCCAAUCACUACCAAAUUUAAAUCCCUGUACAAAAUCUGGAUCGAGUCUGCCCCCAAUUUGACCACUUUGGAAGUCACAGGGUCUUUCUAUCCAGAUUUGGGGGGAUGCAGAAGCCUGAAAGUUUUGAAAUAUAAAUUCAUCGCUAGGAACAAUGUUCGUGACCUCAAUUUGGACAAUGUGACCGAGAUGCUGACACCGGUCAAGGAUUCCUUAAUCGAGCUGGAAUUGUCGGACUGUACCGAUGAUGUUGGCAAAAAGCGGAUCCAAACAGUUUGGGAUGUUCCCGUGAUGUCGAAACUUACCACAUUCUCCAUCCGUGGAAUAAAAAUGGACCAAAUUGGUCACUUGUUUGAUGAGAACAACUUUCCCAAAUUAAAAACCCUCUCGCUCCACAAUGGAUCUGAAGCAUCGUUUUUACCUCAUCUAAAAUUGUGGAGCCGACACAUAGGAGUUCGACAUCUCGCGUUGACCAUUCAUUCCUUGGCUUGCAAGGACAAGGAAUUUUUGGGAAACAUGAUCGACUUAUUUCCCUCGGUGGAAGAAUUCGAUUUCACGAUUGAGCUCAAAAAAGUUACUUUAAGUUCCACCCUCUACCAAUUUAUGAAAUCCUCCGUGCUGAUUGAUGUCCUAAAAACUAUGUCCGUUUUGAAAGGGGUUAAAAGUGUCCUGUUCUCGAACUUGGAAGUCACGGAGGAGAACUUUUCUCGCUGCAUUGACGAUCUCAUCUUGCAUAGUAGAGGUUUUAAAAGGGUGGAAAUCUCUGGUUAUAAGUUCCAGGAAACCCCAGAAAUUUGGGGACGAAUUCGACCCAUUUUUAAAGCAAGUGGUGCACCCAUUCAUUUUUCGGGAGGUGUGUUUCCAACAAAAUCGGUUAGUAAUUAAUAACCGACUCUGGAUUUUCGGGACUAAAAGCUUGUGCUUUUCCCAUUCUUACAUGUGUGCAUGUAACACGUGUGUGUGCAGCAACACUAGAUUGAUUUCUUAAUAAAUAAGCGAAAGUUUCUGUCACAUACAUACAUACGUCCAAAUUUUUGGAAAUUUAUUAACCGUUUUAGUAAGACGAUCAACAUUUUUGGGAUGCUUAUUCCAGAAUAUUGAAAAAUGAUUAAUUUUCCUGUAUUUAUCAAUAGGUUUAUGUAAAUACAUCUGUUACAAAAAUUAAAAUUAUAUAUUUCUCAGUAUGCACAAAA